GCUUGGCUGACAGGAGUAGUAACGGCAGAGCCCACAGUGGCAUGGAGGAAGCCUGUCACUUAGAGUCACUGCAGCUCUGGAGCGUGUGAGAAACGUAUUUUAAACGGCACCUUCAACAUUAGGACACAUUUCCAGUCAGGACAUUAGCUCAUGGUUAACAUUUGCAGUACGCUGUUACCGAGAAAAUAGACGCGAAUUAAACAGCGGGCUAACGGCUAGCUUACCUUACUUAACCUGGUAUUUGGCUAACUUAGAAAUAACUCCUGAAGAAGCUGCUAACGGCUGGAAAUAACGCGCCAGUAGAGGGGAUAUCAAAACGUGACAACUCUUGAUGCCGGUGUCGGGUUUAUAAGCUUCUAGCCUCCUGUACUCCCCACCAGCAUCACCGCUGCCACCAGCGGUUGAAUUCAUGAGCGUGCUUGGUUCAUAAUCCUCGGGGAUGGGGAGUGGAGUCCAGGAACAACGGGCAUCACUCACACAGGGUGAAGUGCUCCCACUGGCUUCCUCCAGUCAGUCAGAGGGGAUGAAACAGACUCGGUCUGUUAUCAACUCGCUCUUUUCGGGGGCUUUAGCAGGAGCUGUAGCCAAGACAGCUGUCGCCCCAUUGGACAGAACUAAAAUCAUCUUCCAAGUGUCUUCUGCAAGAUUCUCUGCCAAGGAAGCUUACAGGUUGAUCUACCGCACCUACCUGAAGGAGGGCUUCCUCAGUUUAUGGAGGGGAAACUCUGCCACCAUGGUGCGAGUCAUCCCGUACGCUGCCAUCCAGUUUUGCGCACACGAGCAGUACAAGGGCCUGCUGGGAGGCUACUAUGGCUUUCAGGGAAAUGCCCUACCUCCAGUCCCAAGGUUGCUGGCUGGGUCCAUGGCUGGUACCACUGCCGCUAUGAUGACAUAUCCUCUUGACAUGGUGCGAGCGAGGAUGGCUGUAACGCCAAAGGAAAUGUACAGUAACAUUCUGCAUGUGUUUGUGCGGAUCUCUCGAGAAGAGGGCAUGAAAACACUGUAUCGAGGCUUUACUCCCACCAUACUGGGUGUUGCCCCCUAUGCUGGCCUCAGCUUCUUUACCUAUGAGACACUGAAGAAGUUGCAUGCAGAGCACAGCGGCCGCCAGCAGCCCUACUCAUACGAACGCCUGGCUUUUGGAGCCUGUGCAGGUCUCAUCGGCCAGUCUGCAUCUUACCCUCUGGAUGUAGUACGGCGGCGGAUGCAGACUGCGGGUGUCACAGGUCACACGUACCGCACCAUCCUGGGCACCAUGAGGGAGAUUGUGUCCGAGGAAGGGGUUAUCCGCGGACUCUACAAAGGUCUCAGUAUGAAUUGGGUUAAAGGACCUAUUGCAGUGGGGAUUAGCUUCACCACCUUUGACCUCACUCAGAUUCUCUUGAAGAAGCUUCAUCAAAUGGGUUAUACUACUCCAUAAUAAUGAAAAAGAGAGUUGAAAAUGGGGGUAGAGGGUUGAGUAGAUCCCUGUAAGCCCACUGUGGUGAGACAGAAGAGGAAGCAAGAGUGAAAAAUGUGUAUUGCUGGAUAAAAGCAAAAAGCACAGUGGCUCAGGAUGCGUGGGUAAUAAUAAUUUAUUCUCUCGCUUUGUGUAACAGAGGUAAGUUGGAUAGUACGCCUUGUCAUGUACAUCUAAGUGCAAUAUCAUCAAUAUGUUUGUGUGUACACAUGAAUUGUAAUGGUUCUACCCUCUCAGUACAUUUGUAAUCCAGAGAGUUAAAAGGUACACACACACACACACACACACACACACUGCAGUCUGCCAGCUGCCAUGUGUAUCAUUUUAAAUCUUUUACUUUCCAGUGCAAUGCUGGUUUCCACUCAUUUCCCAUGAGUUUAAAAAAUGCAUUCAUUUAAUAAGAGUAAGAUAUGCCCUUGUUGAGAUUUGUUUUAAGGAAAUUUAUUUUAAGAAAAUAUACCAAAGGUUAUGACCUGAGUUAGUGCAAAUUAUAUGCCAUAAAUGGUGUUGUAGUAUGUUUAAGUGUGAGUUCACAGCGGCUUUGUAACUGCUAUCAAAUGGUUUGAUUUAGUUUGAGUUGAAAUAUUAAAAGCUCACAGUCUAGUGUUUUUUCAGUGGCACUCCUGAAGAUUGAAUUCACAGUUUUAUUAGUUGUUUAGUUGUGUUUUAUGGUGGUGCCAACAAAAAAGAAUUACCAGUGCCCAUAGUGUUUUUUAGAGAGUUUUCGUCACAUAUCGAUUGUUUUUCACUUUAAUCAUGUCAUAGGCUUUUUGAAAGAUUUAUAUCUGAAGUAUAAAUACAGAUACUACAGUUACUCCAGCUCAACUAUUGGGGCCUUUUCAGUGCUGGAACCACUUCCCCUAGGAACAUUUGGGAGGCUGUUUUGGAUGUUUUUUCUUUCUAAUAAGCUCUGAAACAUCAAUGGAAAAGAGAGUAUUGUAGAAACACAGACAAGUAACAAUAUGAAGGAACCUUGUAGUUCUUUGGGAAAAAGUUCCUGGGACUACGGCGUCUCAGUUUUAGUGGAAAUAUGCUUAUUGGUUCUCAGCCCUAAGUAACGCACAUCAAGUAGUUAGGUAAUCCCCCAAAUGUGACAUGUUACACACUGAUAUUUAGAAAGAACAACUAAACAUGCACACAGCCCUCUUUGUGACGUUUACAGUGUCUCAUUGUUGCUGACACAGUCUGAGAGGUGUUGCUUUUACAUAUGUCACUUAUCUGUGGUGGUGUUUUUAAAAAGUACAGUAUAUCAAGAGGCAUUUUUUAUAUCUUCACCCUCGUAUGUGUCGCUGAUGUUGGACACACACGAAGUACACACAUUACACAAAUGUGUCUUCCAUUUGCUGCCAGUGUGACAGCUGUGCAGUCUGUCUCUUCGCUGCCAUUCACGGCUGUUUUGUUUUUAAAAACGUGACUUGACACUAGUCUAGACUGUGACAUGUCACUGGAAUGACUUUAAAUCUCCUGGUUAGGGAGGAGGACUCAGUGUAGAGCUUUUAGCAGUAUUUGCUAACUUGACUGGAAAUAUGCAAACACAUAGUGAAGAGAUCAUUUGAGUUCUGUUACAAAGAUAAUUUAGUUCUCAGUAUUGUACUUUACCUCAGCACACAAUCACGUGUUUUUCUAAUCGUCACAUAUCAAUUAGAAGUGUUAAUGUAGAGUUGUGGCAGCAGAUGGGACUUGGAGCUUGUUUGAAUGAUGCAGAUUAACAUUUUGACAGUAUUGAUGCAGGCUCAUAGACCCUGAGCAGUGUCAAUAGUUUCUAUACUUGGACCUUACAUACUAAGGCAGAACGGCUGAGCUGGGUGAGCAGAUGAGUAGAGCCAAGCAGAGCAGAGGGCAUGAGGUGUCAUCUGUAACAGGAAUAAGAAGCAAGGCUUGUGACUGAAACUCAGCAGUGAAUUUGAAAGAUUUAUAUUUUUAAAUAUGUACAAUUGUUUAAUUGAUGAUUAAAAAAUGGGAAGAUUAAUCACCAAAAUGAGAAAACCUAAUCUGACUGAUGACAAUGCCCAAAGUAAUAUUCUGAUCUUAGACCAGCAGAUAACCUCACCAAAUAAUAAUUAACAACAUAAAAAAUACUAAUAGUUUAGAAAAUAGCUUUUGAGAUUUGGAAAAUGUUUCAGUUUAUUAAAAUGCAAUCACUUAAAAAUUUUUUUUUUUAAAUUUACUUGUUGGUUUAUCCAGGGACCGAUUCACUGCUAAAGCAUAAUGAUAAUUGUUCCAUUGUUAGUGCCUACAAGACAUCAGCGUACUCACGGUGAUAUAGGUAUUAUUCUUUUUGGAUAGUUUUAAACAUGUUUUUCCAAAAUAAAAGUAAAAGUAAUGAGCACAGCUGGGAUUGAAACCACAAACUUCUUUUUAAAUAAAUAAACACGUCAGAGGUGAAGUCUAAGUAAAGUAAGAUCCACAUUUUUUUUUCUAUUUUCCCAUUUUGUGCAGAUUUGUAACGCACGUCGUGAUGUGAUUACUGAAUUUAGUACAGUAACUUGUUACGUUACUGUGUUGCUGAACAAUGUAACGCACUGAUAAAUAGCUAAGCAUAACAAAUGUUAAUGAAAUCUGUUUAUGUUUUUUAUGUCUGAAAGAAAAAGAAAAUAUCAGCCUAUAUAUCAAAUUUUUAAAUCAACAAAUAUCAGCAUUGCUCUUAAAAAUAUCUGGGAGGGGAGGUUUUACAGGGAGUUUUACAAUCCCUACACUCCUGUAUCCUGCCUUCUCUGGAAAUCAUUUUCUCAUUUUCUUUGUCUGCUCAUGGAAAUUGUUUGUUGGAAUUAAUGUAGCGUUCAGGUGAUCUCCUGAACAUAACACAAUAUUUUGACUUUAGUUGACCUCUGUAAAUGAGGAAGAUUUGUGACAUACAGCAUCUCCAGUCCAUAUAUCUGCUCCAUCAGCUGUGGGCAGAUGCAUUAAAGUGUUUUAAUAUCAGUUGUCUUUACCCCUUGUCUUAGGUAGCAGGAGGAAAGCUUAGAUCAACGACUAUUUGGUCUGUAAUUAGCACAUAUGAAAGUGUGCUUGGUUAAAAGAAUACAUUAAGUGAAACCUGAACGAAGGGUAUUUCCUCACUCUAAGUGCCUAGCAAAGGAUAGUAAUGUUUUUACUACAACUGAGCUGCUUCUACUAACCCUUCUGAAGGUUUCUUCCAUUUUCUAGCCUUGCUUCAGUCUGGAUGUUCUCAGUAAGAAGAAGCAGAUGCUCUGAAGUUUAGAAAUUGUUAGUCCUCAGUGGCUGAAUGUAUUUCUUCAGGUUCAGUUUUGUAUGUGAAUUUUGUAAAGCUUAAACUGCCUUGGAGAGUAAAUCACCAUGAAAGGUGAUUCUCAGUUCCCAGUUCAUUCCAACACAUUUAGGACUUAUUUAAAGCCAUGAAGGCAGAAUUAAAAAAAGCAAAGUUACUGGUUUGGUUUUGCCCCUUCUCCAACACGCCAUACUCUGAUUUAAAUUGGAAUAACCGUGAUUGUUGCAUUGUUAUGAUCUUUUCUCUGAUCUACCAGCCAGAUGAGUAUAACACAAAGACCCUGUUUGAUUUCCAUUUCCAGACAAUCAUUGAAUGCCAAAAAGUUAUGUGUUUUUUGUUUUUUGUCUAACACAAAAUGAUCUUUUGAUGGGAACACAACAGGCGCUUAACAAGAAGAAAUACUGACACACUACAACGACUUACUCUGGUGCGAGUGUUUUUUGUUUCCUCUUGUAAAAUCAAAUGUUAAUUGUUUUAACCUGUACAUGUGCAGACUUAUAACUCUACUUUGUGUGUCACAGCCGAUUAUCUUGUGGUGUUUUUUGUUGUUUUUCCAGUUUGGGUGCAGCUGUGACUCAACAGCUGGUUGUUAAAUUCUAGUGAUUUGUGCCAACUGAAUGUCAAUAUAGCUACUGAUAACCACAACCUGUGUCUGGCCUGUAGUGACGAUGAUGAUGCGUCUGCAAUAUCAGAGUCUACAAUAAAACUGGAUGUUGAUAACACAUUGAUUUGUGAUCAUUAGUUUUGGUUUAAUGUCCCAGACUGAUGUAUUUUUGUGCUUGCAGUGUUGUUUGGAUUUAUAUUAAAGAAUUUUU